GCCAUAUGGAAGUGACAGCUGGGAAGAUACGUAAAGUGACACGAGUCUGUAAUGGCCCACUAAUUUCGAAAAAAGGUAGAAUUUUAUUGAAAAUAAACAAAAAGUUAUUUAUUAGUACGUAUGCAACAACAAAUAAUGAAUCUCAGCGGGAGCAGUGUCCUAGUUCGGUGUAACGAUCAGCAGGGAGAGAAAGUCAGAAGAGUCGGGAGUGUUCAAGCUGUUGGACCUUGUUAGCAAAUGUCGUUUUUAGUUUUUUAUAAAUCCCUGCAUCACCGAAAUGGAUGGUGUAUCCUCGAAUGAAGGGAAUGCGUCGAACGACGAACUCGAGGUUGGUUUUCAGCUACUCGAUGAGCUCGAUGAACCCUGGACGUCGGAGAAGACUUCUCCGACACCUUGGUCUGACGUCGGUCCACUUUCUGAAGAACUCCGAAGGCUCGACGAAGAACUGAAGCAACAGAACGAUGAAGCACGAGCAUGGCUCGAGGAGGAAUGUGCGGCAGAUGAGAUUCUCAGGAGCGAGAUAAAUGAACUGCAAAUAGCAAGGCAGAAGACGCAGAAUCUGCUUACAUUAGAACUUAAUAUUCCUCCAGAGGUCAAGGAUAAGAUCAACAAUCUUGAAGUCCAAGUUCGCACUCUUCAGGAUCAACUUCAAGAAAAAAGUGACAAGUUGGCCGAAAGCUAUGAGGUCUACUCCGAGGUCCUUUCGAAGCUGAACGAAACGAACGAAAGAGUCAUUGCGAAUGACAACAAGUUCAAACAGUCGUUGCUCAAGGUCAAAGAGGAGUAUUCGGAAGUGGAGUCCAUAUUGAGAAAAAACUUGGAUACUUACAAAUCCCUAAAUAAAGAAUUACAACUGCAGUUAAAUGAAAAGGAGUCUGAACUUGCCGAAUUUAAAGAGUCCAAGGGAAAUGUCAAUGAUUUAGAAAAUACUGUGAAAGAGCUCGAAGGGAAGUUGGAGGAAUUGAAAGCAUCGAAUGAUAAUUUAAACAAGGUCAAUUUAAAAUUGAAGGCUCAUUUAAAGAAAAUUAAAGAAAGUGAAAAAGAAACACUUGGAAAGGAAAAGCAAUCAAUAGAUCUUAUAGAAAACUUGCAAAAAUCCAUAGUUCAACUACAGGAGGAAAAUGUAAAGCUAAAAGAGCAGUGUUCGGUCAAUGAGGAGAUUGAAACGCUUAAAAACCAGAUAGUACUUCUGGAGGAGGAAAAAGGUAACCUUCAGUUGCAACUCGUAGAUCUAGAUGAAAUUAAAGAAGCAGCAGAUUCCACUUUUGCUAAGUUCAAUAAAUUAGAAAAGGACAAAGAAAGCCUGGAGAAAAAACUUGAAGAUGUCGAGGAUGAAAAUAAAAAUCUGAUUCUAAAUAAUGAAGAAUUAAAGAAGAAACUUCAGGAUUUGGAUGAAACCAUCGCCAAGCUUAGGGAGGCGUUACAAGGCCUCACCGAAGAAAAGAUAUCGGCUGUAAUGAAAUCUGUAGAAAUUGAAGAGCAAUUCUGUAUAAAAGAACGUGAACUGGUGCAAAUCAAGGAACAGCUCGUUUCCCUUCAAGAGUUUCAAGCUUUAAAAGGAGAGACUGAUUUUAAGACUGAAUGCACCCCUUCACAGAAAGAGCACUUAGAAGGCCAAUUGGCAAACGUCACGAAGGAGCUUUCUUCCCAGACUGACUUCGUACAGGCACUUCAAAACAAUGUUUCUUCACUGCAGAGUGAAAUUGAAUAUUACAAAACUCAGCACUGUUCGAUUUUAGCUGAAGUCGAUGAACUGAGAAGGUACAAUUCUGAUAUCGACGCACAGCUUAAAGAGGCGCUGGCUAAAAAAGAAAAAGCGAAACAAGACCUAGUCGGAAUUGCUCAUCCUGCUUCCUCUGAUAAUAAAGACUUGACGCAAAAGUAUAAACAGCUCGUCUUGAGUUUUAAAAAGAAGAAACAAAUGUGUUUAGAUUUUGAAGCCAAUGUUGAAAAAUUAAAUAAAGAAAUUGCCACGUUUAACGAUGAAAAAGCGAGUCUUGUUCAACAACUAAACGACUCACAAAACCAGAUAAAACAACUAGAAGAUGAAUUGAAUGUUUCUAAAAUGGAAUCUGCCAAUUUAAUAGCUUCUAUGCAGAAUGCAGACCUUCAAAUUCCAACUCUGCUUGAAAAUGUAAACCAGUCUCGUGCAAUAAUCAAAGAGAAGGAAGAAAUAAUCGCUGAUCUGGAUGUGGAAAGAAAUAAGCUAUCAGAUGUUGUCAAAGGGUACGAAAUGGAAUUAGAAAUGUUAAGAGAACUUUAUGAAAAGGAAUCGAAAAAGAAUGAAGGUUAUUAUUCAGAUUUAAUGAAUUUAGAAAAAGAAAUGAACGAAAGUAAGAGCGAACUGUUAAACCGGCUCGAACAAGUCACCACCAAUUAUGAUAAAGCCUUAGAAACUUUACAAGAAAAGGACAAUUAUGUCGUGUUCUGUGAAGAGGAAGUUGAAAGAUUGAGAUCGAAAGUGAUUAGCCUGGAAACUGAAUUAGACCAAAAAGAGUCAUUCUUUCAAAAUAAAAUUACCGCAUUGGCUGAAAGACUGCAGAAAGCUGAAAACUUGACGCAGACCAUGAUUAAAGAAUACAAACAAAAGGUUGAGAAUAAACUGGAGAUUUUUCAAAGAAAUGAAGAGCUACUAAAAAAUAAACUUGUAAAUCUUGAAGUAGAAUAUGAAGACACAAAAGAAAUUGCAGAUGCCACUAAAUUAAGGAAUUCAGUUCUUGAAAAAGAGUUGAGCGAGGCCAAGGUGACGGUUGAUGGGUUGUCUUUAGAAUUGGAAACUCUUCAUAGCAUUAGAGAUGCUUAUAACACAGCAUUGGGUAAAGUAGAAGUUUUAGACGCAGAACUAAAAGCUAAUGUUGAAGCUUAUGAAAAAACAAAUGAAAAAUGUGUUAAUUUAGAACAAGAAAGAAAUACUCUUUUACUGAAGAUAAACACUCUAGAAGCAACAUGUAAUGAUUUAGAAAACAAACUGAAAGACGCAGGUGUCUCCAUCGAUAGAUUAGUAGAUGAUGUAAAAUCGAGGGACAAUGUUUUAGCAGAAUCUAAACAAACAGUUACCAAUCUUCAAAUGCAACUGGAACAAUCAGUCCGGUCAGAAGAGUUACAAAACCAGAUGAGACAACUGUCCGAAGAUUAUCAGAGGCAAAUCAAUGAAAGCCACGCGAAUAAACAAUUUAUUGAACAGCUGCAAAGGUUGUUAAAUGAAAGAGUAAAUGAAAUAAUGUACAUUCAGAAUUCUUAUCAAAACCUUGAACUUCAAUUAGCAAACAUCAAAGAAACGUCAGAAAAAGAAAUUGAACAUCUUAAAAACGAAAAGACACUCUUAGAAACUCAAUCUACACAAUUGGCAAAAGACUUGGAAAAUUUAAAAGUACAAUUUGAAGAACUUCAAAAGAAACAGAGUAACAAGGAGUUAUAUGAUUCGAACAAAUUGGCAAAUCUGUUUGAAAGGUCCGUCUCAGAGGAGGUAGAUAAAGUAGUCACAGAGGCUGAAGAAGCAGUCUCUCAGGCCAAAAACGAAGAAGCAAAAGAAGAGUUAAGUUUAUUCAAUUGGUCAGACCAUGGCCAUGCUUCUGGAGAUAACCCAUUUGGUGAAUUAAAAGACGAAGAGGAUGGUUGGGGCUGGAUGGGCAGUGAUUCUCAGGUUACCGAAGUCGAGACUAAAACCGACUUGCCUAAGGUUGUAGAAUUGCAGAAUAAACUUCGCAAACUGCAAGAAGAUUAUGAUUUGGUUUCAUCAGAGUUGGAAUCAAAUAAAAUCAAGUGUCAAAAGUACAUAAAGAAGCUUAAAGAAAUGAAGAUCCAAAUAGAUAACCUCGAGAGGGCGAAAAGUGCCCCUAAAGCCAAUUUUAAUGAUUUAGAUUUUGCUAUUCAAGAAGAACUUAGAAGUGAAAAUGAUAAACUCACCCUUAAAGUAAAUGAGCUCACAACUCAGAUGUCUUCUUUAAAACUUGAAAGAGAAUCUUUGUUAAAACGUGUCGAUACCCUUACCUCGGCUAAUGAACAGUUAGUCAAUAUGAAAGAGAGGCAAGACAUUGAAGUGCAGAUGUGGCAGCGAAGGAGCAAUGAGCUUUCGAACCAAAUGCAAGGCUUGCAGUGGUUGUCCGAAGGCCAUUCCGGAGGAGUGCCAAAAGACCUAGAUCUCGCUGGAAAGUUACUAACAGCGUCAAAAGAAUUGAAAACGACUAAAAAGAAGUUGGAAGAAGUAUUGAAGGAAAAAUACGAAGUUGAAAAUAGACUCUUCAGCAUAGAAACGCCCGAUCAGAAUCUAAAUGAAGAACUCGAAAUGAAAUGUAGUCACCUCUCUGAAGAAAAUGAAAAAUUAAAGGCAGAUUUAGUUCUUAAAAACAAAGAAAUAGAAAACCUAAUGAAAAGAAAGGAAGAAUUAGAAAAUAAAGUCAAACUUUUAGAACUUUCAUCACUUGAGAAAGUAUCAAAGUCAGAAGUCACAGCACAACUUGCCUCUCCUAAAAUUUUCCAAGGGUUUUCAGAUGACAGUGAUGACUUUUUCUCAGGCCUUGCCCAACCGUCUUUACGACCAAAUCCGGAAAUUGAUCGACUCAAAUCUGAAUUGAACGAGAGUUUACAACGUGUUUCAGUAUUGACUGAGCGCAAUGUGAACCUCGAGAAAGAAAUUGAAACUUUAAAUGAACAAUACAAUCAACUAUUAGCAGAAAAUGGUGAUUUGAAUAAAAACAUCCAAGUGCUUACCGGCGAACUCAAACAAAACGCUGACAGCUUGGAAUUUUGGAAACAAAAGAGUGAACAGUUGACAAAUGAAGUUACCAUCAAAGAGUCAUCAUACCAUGAAAGGGUGAAAGAAAUUGAGGAUUAUUACCAACAGGCGAUAUUAACAAAAGAAGAGGAAAAUUCCCACUUGAUCUGUACCGUUUCAGGAAGGGAAAAAUCUCUUGCAGAAGCUCAGAAAGAGCUAGAACGACUUAAAGACAACCUCUGCGAAGUCGAGGAAAUUAAAACUAAACUCCAUGAUGUUACCAGCGAGAAUGAAAAACUUAAACUCGAUUUGGAAAAUUUGAAACAGCUUGCGAAUUCAGAAACACCCACAUCUGAAAAUAAUACUGUCGAUGUACAAAUCCACCAUCUUGUAGGACAAGUAGAGUUCUUGGAGAAACAGGUUCUCCAGUUGCAACACGAUCUAAAUUUUAAACAAAGUGAAAUACAAAGGUUGACAGUCCUGUGUAAUGAAUAUCUCCUGCACGUACAAGAAAAAGACAAAGAACUGAUCAGCAAGAAUAAUGAGUUACUCGCUCUUCAGAGUUGUGCCUCAUCAAUGAAAAAUACACAAGUGGAAAGCAGUUCGAAUGAAGAGAUUGAAAGGCUAUCGCAGCUGGUUUCAGAAUCUCAAAUAAGAUUGCAAAUACAAACUGAGCAGCUCGAAGAGAAAAAAAGAGCCUUGUCUGAAGCACAAGAACAAAUGGCUGUUUUACGAGAUUCUGCUGAUUUGAAGAACUCGAGGGAUUACACAGAACUCAGAGAAGCGUUGGCUUUUCUCGAACAAGAAAAGACGAGAUUGGAAAAUCUUGUCCAAGAGAAACUUUCUGUCGCAGAUCAAUUGGAGAGGGAAAUAGCAAUGUACAAGGGUAAAUCGAAUGUUGAUAAAGAAGAGAAAAAUAUAACUACAUAUGCAAAUUUGAUAAAAGAGAAAGACUUGGAAAUCGCCCGGCUUUCGGACAUUUUGACAGACACGAGGGAAAAACUUGUCCAAAAAGUCCAGACCGAAGAAGCUAGGAUGUCGCCUUACAUAAGGACUAUACAGAACAAGCUGGACCAAGCUUUGUACACCUUACAUGUAAGGGACGUCAAAUGUGAAGAACUCACUCAAGAGAUUCUUCAGCUUCUUGAAGAAAGAGAUACACUUCAAAUUAAGCUGUCGGAAUCCAUGAGGGCUUAUGAUGAUUUAAAAAAGAAUCUAGACAAUUCCAAAAGUGUUGAAUCCGUCCCAGCCGUUAUACCUACAUCUUCUCGGAUUAAUGAGCUCCAUGUUGGCUAUGGAAAAGAUCCAGUUAUACAGAAAGAGAGGGAAAGUCGGCAUAUUGAACAUAUGCAGCUUUACCAAGACAAUGCACAAACAGAUGUCGCGAAUACUUCAUUGGAUUAUGGAAUAUUCAAUUGGUUCUUCGGAGGAAGCCCACAACCCCAAGGAAGUAACAACACCGAGGUGUCCAGUUGAUAAUCCAGAUUGAGUGGGUUCACCGUUAGAAUUACACUGAUAAAUAUAUAUAUGUUAUCUAAUUAAAUGUAAUUAAAAGUUUAUACAUGUUUGAACAUUUGAAAAUGU